AUGAAGCAUGCAAUCAAGAGACGAUUCUUGAAGUUUACAGGCAUACUUGGAUUCAAAGGUGCACAGGUCAGCAACAAUGCACCGAAUGAUGAACCUGAGGAGGUUGGUCCGGCAAUACCAACAGAGCCAACGUUUACAGAACCAGUAGAGUUGGAACGUGAUGAACUAGAACAAAAGAUGAAUACUUUUAAGCAUUAUUUAGCAUCACUUGCUCCAUCAUCAUCAACUACCUCUGGGCUGGCUGAUAAUACAGACCUGUUGACAACACCUUUGGCACCACCAACUUCGCGUAACAUUGCAGCAUUAUCACUUUCACCAUCUGCAUCAUCGUCGACAAUAGACUUUAGCAAUGGUAGUCUCUAUCUACCCAAUGAGUUGAUGCACGCCAUCUUUUGCACCGUACUCUCAAACUCCAACAUGCUCAUUGACACUUCACAACAAAGACAACAUCAUCAACAUCUACAUCAACAUAAUCAACAACAACAAACAAAUGGAAGUGUAUUGGCAAAGGCAAUACCAAUAAUAAGUGGAUUGACAUGUGCAAGUAUAAGUUGCACACAAACAACAUCACCGGAGGAGUUGGUGCAACAUCUGUUUAUUCAGUUACCAGACUUGUCGGCACAGAAACAAAAGAAAUCGUCAAAGCAGAGGACUUCAGUGUAUAACAGUGGCGGUGGCGGUGGUGGCAGUAACUCGAGCAACAACCCAUUCAGUCCACUUGACCAGAUAUCAUCAUUCCGAUCAAACAUCAACAAUGUUGUUGGCAAUGUCGACUCGCCCUUGGCAUUGAGUCGCACAGAGUCAGCUUCGUCAUCGGUGCUCCAGCAACAGAUGCUUCAACAACAGCAACAGCAACAACAACAACAGAUCCAAGCUGCGACUCCCUAUCGCAUGGUGGACGUACUGAUUGUCGAUGACAUUGACAUUGCACCCAUGACAACAAGACACACUCUUCUUCAGAUGAUGGUCUAUCGAAAGGUUGCAUUCAAGGGCAACACAUUUGACACACCGCCCUCGCUUGUAGUCAUUGCUACAGCGUCCUCACUAUCCAGCCGUUCAUUCCUCAAUCAGAGCAUUGAACCUUUAUCACCACUGAUGCUUGAUUGCUUCUUUAUCAACAUCAGAUUAUAUGAACACUUGAGACUACCUCAAGUGACUGUACAGAGCGAUCCAUUAAUAUCAACCGCUGAAUCAAAGUAUAUACUUGCACCAAGCCGUAUCCAACAUCUAAGGCAACUAAUUUCCAAAGUACACAUUACACAUGAUAUUGAACAAUACAUUAGAACUAUUAUCGUAAACCUUCGUAACCAUCCACUCGUUACGUUUGGUCCUUCACCCAGGGCAACUCCAACACUGACUCUUGUUUCAAAGACUGUGGCGCUAUUGUCUGGACAAAAGUUUGUUACGCCAACUCAUGUGUUGACUGUAGCCACCAAGGUAUUGAACCAUCGUGUCUUCCUAUCAAACCCAUUCCCACUGGAUCAGAACCAGGGAGACAUGCCCAAUCAAAUGGACAUGGACACGAACAAUGUUGUCUCAACCUUUACACCGAUUCAAACAUCACCAUCCACAUCGCCCAGCAGAAUGACACCAUCGAUAAUGGUUCACGAAGCGCCGGGCAGGAACAACCCACUCAUGGAGACCUCUGCAUCGUUGCCCUGUGUCAAGACUCAUAAACGGUCGACAUCAAUCCUUUCACAAGCGACACAUCUUCCUCCACCACCAAUCUCCAUCACAGACAACAGAGAAGAGGACUCAUCCCAACCCAUAACAAAUAGCGGCAGCAAUUCACUUGCCAAGUCCAACAACAACAACAACAAUAACCAGGCUGAUCAACAGGGAUCGAUGGCGACUGGAGCAUCAACUAACAACGAAAUAGACUCAUUCACAGUCAUCAAGAUCAUCCUGGAGAACCUUUCCCCGCCCAUAUAA